ACAAGCCCAUUCCUUUGGAAUUUUUCUUGUUUUUAUUCGUAUACUUUUUUGUUAUUUUUUUUCUCUUCUAUUUUUUAUAUUUUGGUGCUCAUUUCUAAUAUCACCAUCAUGGGGAAUCAAUCCUCAAAUCCCCUUUUUGAGGGAAGCAUCCAUGAAUUCACAGUCAAGGAUUGUAGCGGGAAAGAUGUAAACUUGAGUAAUUAUAAGGGCAAAGUGUUGCUUAUUGUAAAUGUUGCUUCAAAAUGUGGGUUCGGGAGUUUCAAUUACCCUCAAUUAACCAAGCUUUACAAGAAUUAUAAAGACCAGGAUUUUGAGAUUCUAGCAUUUCCAUGCAAUCAGUUCCUCCGCCAAGAGCCAGGGACAAGUGAAAAGGCAAAGGAGUUUGUAUGUACAAGAUACAAGGCAGAAUUUCCGGUUUUUGAAAAGGUUAACGUAAAUGGCCCGAACGCUGCUCCCCUAUACAAGUUCCUCAAAUCAAAAAAACAUGGAUUCAUGGGUGACAGGAUCAAAUGGAAUUUCACCAAGUUUUUGAUCGACAAAAAUGGUCUUGUCAUCGGCCGUUACUCUCCUGCAACCCAACCUUCAUCAAUGGAGGCUGACAUCAAAAAGGCACUGGGGCAAAUCUGAGAGUCCAAGCUUUGUUGCUCCAUUUCCAAUGGCCGGUUCCUGUAGAAAUUCUUUGGAGGACAGUGUUAUUAAUUCUUUCUUUUCAAUUGAAUAAUCAUUUGUCUAUACAAUUUUGCAUGUCCGUCCUAUUAAUGAAAAGGAAAAAGUUGAAUAGAGAGGUGAUUUAACAUUCAA